CGACCAACACAGCAAGUAUACUUCUAAGAGUGCUGGGGCACCCAUUGUAUAAUUUUCUAUAUUUCCGUAGCCCACGUGCACCUUUAUUGGGUUGAUUAGACGCGAUGGAGAAUCAAAGUGGAACGCAACAUGGCGCUGGAACGCAUCACGGAACCUCAGUCUACACGGAAGCUGAAGUGACGCGUAUCCUGUCACACUUUUCCGGUCCUGCGGAGUUUCUGCAAGUGCCGACAGUCACUAAUACACGGCGGCAACUAGAAACGCUGCGCAAGAGGACGGUGGAUUUGGAACUACACGGGCUGACUUUAGCUGAGUAUCACAAAAAGGCAUGGAUACCACGUGGAUUACGAGAAAACGUCAUGUACAGGGGCCUAGAGGUGAAGACUCCCACUACUCUAAUCAAGAAAGGGCUCAGGGAGCGGAUUUUUUGGCAAAAUCCCCAAAGAAAGGCCAAGGAGACCAUGGAAACGAGGAGGUGUUAAACACAGGAGGCAUGACAAGACGACCGCUACGCGGUUGCAGCAAGAGGACAAUAAGCAAGUAAUUUACAAUAUUUCUUCUAAACGGCUCACACCAGUUGAGGAGUCAGUAUUGUCACUGGGUCUUAAUUUUUGUCCGGAUAGACCUACGGACUUGUUUCAAUUAGAUGUUGAUCUAUACCGCUUUUUUCGUACUUUGAGGCUGAAGGUUCACUUUUUUCAGAAACCACAGGAACAACUGACUUCUAAUGGCGAUAGCCAGUCAUUGGACAUUGAGACUUUUGGUUUAUACGGCAAAAGUGUGUAUGUUCCUCCUACUACAUACGCUGCUGUAGAAACAUAUAUUAAUAACAUCAUGGCAGAAGUUAAAAAUGUUUGUCAGGUGGAGGGUGAUCCUUCAUUUGUGACACAUAAUUUGUCCAAGCAACAGCGUGACGCUUUGAGAGAUCUUUCAUUGAGAACCGAUAUUACGAUUAAGCCCUCUGAUAAGGGGGGCGCAAUUGUGGUAAUGGACACUACACAGUACAUUGCAGAGAUUGAGAGGCAAUUGGCAGAUGGGGAGGUUUAUAAACCAUUAUCCAGUGAUCCCCUGUUGGGCAUUAUACGAAAGAUUAAAACUUUACUGGAUUAUAUGGUUGAUAGGGGAGUGAUCACUGACAAAUUGAGGAAUUAUUUGAUGGUCAGGAACCCAGUCACGCCGACCAUAUAUGUUCUCCCUAAAAUUCAUAAGGACCCAGUGUGUCCACCAGGGAGACCUAUAGUGGCCGGCAUUGACUCGGUUUUUUGCCCAUUAGCGAUAAUGCUCGAUAAAGUACUAAGUCCCUUGAUUCAAGAGGUACCUUCCUAUAUAAGGGAUACUGGACAUUUUCUUCAUAAAUUACAAUCACUAGGAAAUGUGGGGGAGGGUGUAAUUCUGGCCACAUUGGAUGUGGCCAGUCUUUACACGUCUAUACCACAUAGUGAUGGGUUAGAAGCAAGUCAGUGGAUACUGAGGGAAGGAGCGCAGUACUCUGUACAUCAGAUUGAUUUCUUCCUACAGGCUUUGGAGAUCAUAUUAUGUUGUAACUAUUUCACUUUUCGGGAACAGUACUACCUCCAACUACGUGGAACCGCGAUGGGAUCCAACGUCGCCCCGUCAUAUGCCAAUGCCUUUAUGGCAAGGCUUGAACAGCUACACAUUUACCUUGAUGUAGACUUCUCCAGACAUUGUUUGGCCUGGUGGAGGUACAUCGAUGAUGUAUUUGUGUUAUGGCGGGGUGACGUUGACUCCCUACAGCGGUUCCAUGGUAGGAUUAAUGGGGUACAUCCCUCAAUCUCAUUUACGCUGGUCUAUGAUCUCCAAAAAAUCCACUUUCUUGAUGUUCUAGUAUACAAAGAUUUAGAAGGUUCUAUAUGUACUUCUUUAUUCACAAAGCCUAGGAUAGGAAUCAAAUUCUUCAUUUUACCAGUCAGCACCCCCCACAUACGAAGAAAUCAAUCCCCAUUAGCCAACUCUCAAGGGUACAGAGGUUAGUGAGUGAAGGGAAGGAAAAAGAGAAGCAGGAACAAAUUAUGUGCCACAAGUUUAGAGAGAGGGGAUACCCAGAAAAGGUGAUUCAACAAGCCCAGCAAAGGGUCAGACAUCCUAAGGGGAAAAUUAAACAGACGCAACGUGUGCCAUUUGUCACCAAGUUUCAUAACAAUAGCGAAGCUAUUGGUAAAUUACUACGCAAGCAUUGGUAUAUUUUACGAAAUGCCUAUCCUACCAUACCAGAAUUUAGAGCACCUCCGCUUAUCUCCUAUAGGAGAGGCAAAACUAUUGGGGCACAUGUCACUUCCACUUUAGUGAGAACUAAACCUAAGGAGACUCAUACAUUUUGGGGAGGUAGAUCUAAGGGUAUGUAUCCUUGCCUUAGCUGCGUACAAUGUCCCUUCGUAUUGAAAGGGAGAGAGUUUAUUCACCCCCAGACUGGCCAACGGAUACAGCUAAGAGGACACUUCACGUGUAUUUCAAAAUUUGCGAUUUACGUGUUGACAUGUCCGUGUGGUCUCAUCUAUGUGGGUGAGACCACCCAGAUGGUCAAAUCACGUAUAUCGCAACAUCGGUCUAGCAUUAAUUUGGGCAAUACCA